ACAAUGUUCUUUAUAAUUUUUUACAUUGUUUGGUAGGGUUGAUUAGGUGAACGGACCACCUAUUUUUGGUAUAUCAAACUAUUAGUUUAUGAUUGUUAUCCUAAGCUUUGAGGAUUAAAGUCUUUAGAAUUCCAGUUUCAGAAGAUAAAAGGAGCAGGCAAUAUUCACAUCUUAUAUAUUACCAACAGCAAAAGUGUAUGUGAAGAAGAAGAAGAAGAAGAAGAAUAAGAAUGUUUUGAAGUUCUGGAUAACUGUUCGAGUACAAAAACACAGCACGUGGUUUCUUUCAUUCUGCUGUGUUUCCUGUCUCAUCUUCAAUUUAAUUAUAGCUUCUUUCUUAUUUCUUAGGUUUUUCCCUUUUCUUUGUAUUAUCUUAUUAUUGUUGCAAGAUUGCUGUGUGCUUCGUGUUAAGUGUUCGUCACUUUGUCUUUGAAUUGAUCAAAGCUGCUUGUAAAGUUUGGGGUUUCAGUUAUAUAAACGUACAAAAUGAGUGAGUCAGUUAAAUCUGGGGGUAGACUGGAAGUGUCUGUUUCAUUUGGUAGAUUUGAUAGUGAUGAUCUUCCUUGGGAGAAAUGGUCAUCGUUCUCACCAAAUAAGCAUUUAGAGGAAGUUGGUAACUUAUCAACGCCUGGGUCAGUUGCCCAGAAGAAGGCAUAUUUUGAAGCCCACUACAAGAAAAUUGCAGCUCGGAAAACAGAGGAAUUAUUGGAGGAGGAGAAGUCCAUGGAUGACGCAGAUGAAGGAUUAUCUAAUGGAGAUAGUUUAGGAGAAGUUGUAGAGGAAGUGCCUACGAUAUAUUUGAGUUACAGUAGCUUUGAUGAUGCAGUUAAAGAUAAGAACGAUGGAUAUGGUGAAGGAGCAGUGCAGGUGCCUACAACCUGUCUGAUAGAAGUCCUCAGUACAGAGGAGGAAAAACAAAAUCCUGAUGAUCAGCUGAAUGACAGCAGCAACAAGGUUGAUUCAGAAUUAACUGGUCAGAACUCUUCUCCACAAGUUUCAGAAAAAUUUUUGGAAAGGGAUAGUGGUGUAGAAAAAUCAAAUUCAUCCGAGUUUGAUUCUCUGCAAGUUUCAGAAAAAGCUUUGGAAAGGGAUAAUGUUGUAGAAAAAUCAAAUUCACCGAAGAAGACUAGUUUUAAGAUUAGUUCGGGAGAUGUACCUAACAAGGUAGCUCAGAAAAGAUGGGGGAGAGCUGUGGUACCUGCAGGGAAGUCUUCUCCAGUUUCAACUCCUAGGCAGGUGAAGGUGAAGCCAGUUUCGUCAUCCAUAUCUGCCUCAAAGUCCUGGCAAAAGAAGACUAAUGAGUCAGCAGUUCCUCAAGGCAGGAAGUUGGUACCAGGACAGACUAAGAGAGGAGCUGAUGCUGGAUCCCUACACAUGUCUAUGAUUUUUGGCCCAGCAAAUUCUUCCACUGUGACUCGCAAGUCAUUGAGAAUGGAGAAACCAAAGGAUAAGGACAUUGUUAAGAGAGGAAUCAGGUCUUCCCACAAUCAAACCAAAGCAGUUCCAAAUAAUACUCAAAUGCAGGGGUUAGCUACUUCAACUGGGUCCAAGAUCUCCACAUGCCUAGUUCAUGCUAAUGAGAAUCCAGGACUAAGAGAUGAUCCUGAAAAGAUUGGUGCUCAAAGGAAUCAGCCAGGCAGGGGAUCAAAUGCGUCGUCGGCAAGAUCAAACAAAAAUUCUCUGCCAGAGAAGAAAAUGACAGCAGGAUUUUCACAACAUAUUGGUCUUAGAAGCGAUGAAAGGGCUGAAAAGCGAAAAGAGUUUCUAAAGAAUCUGGAGGCUAAAUCAAUUGCCAGAGAAGCACAAAAUGCUCAAGUAAACGCUAAAUCAAAAGAAGAAAAGGAAUCCGAGCUUAGAAAAUUGAGACACUCUCUCAACUUCAAGGCCAAGCCUUUGCCGUCAUUCUACAGAGUUCAAAGAAAAGCUCAUUUGGAGAAGGCAAGUAAUCCCUGGCUCUAGGACGCUGAUGACAAUGAGUUGCACCAAUGACUUACAUCUCACAUGUAAUUUAUUCCUCAGCAACUCCGACCAGUGAAGAAGUAAAGCUUUCCCACUAAACCUUGAUGCAGACAUGCAGGGUAGUGCACUUUUGGCGGCAGUAAAAUUGACCAACAUGCUAAUAGUGUUUUCCUUAAAUUAAUCAGAAUGUAGCAAAGAUAUGGUAAACCUAAACUGUAGAUACACAUGAAAACUUUCUUUUCUCAUACUUGAAAUCACGUUAAUGCACAAGACUGUCGUGUAAUUAUGUCAUAACUAAAGGUUGUGUCAUCAAUAUGGGAUUUUUUGUAGUAUAAUUGCACUUCAUCAAUUGAUAGCAGCAGAAAUCUGAUUUGAAAUCAGUAAACUAAGCAUACCAAUAACCUGUCAUAAUGGAAAUAAAUAAAUGAAACAAAUGCCAAAGGCCCGAAUAAAACUACUCUAUUAGAGAAGUGAACUUCAGCUAAUACUGUAAUAGAAAAGAAGACGACAAUGUAGAAUAGCAGUUGAUGAAAUUCGAAAUCCUAAUCUCACAUGGGUAAAUCUCCUUUCUUUAUUUCUUCUGGAAAAGCUUGCUUUUGUUGCAUUUGAGUUUAAUCCAGCCGAUGCCUGAGGACGCACCGUCUUUGACUUUCCUCGCCGCCUCCUUCGUUUUCUCAUAUCCCGCCGCAGCAACCACCCUAGUCUUUUCGACGCCGGCUGAAGCCACUUCCUUGGUCUGCCCAAACUUCUCGCUUACUCUCUUGGACAAUUUCUGAUCUGCGGAGCUGCUUCCCGCUCCCCAUGUAUUUUCCUUCGACGCCAUUGAUAUAUGUUCAGGAGGUGGAUUUGAAAAAUGAGGUGAGAAUACAAGGGGAACCAAAAGAUGCCAAGGAUAGGGUUCUGACUUUCAAA